AUGGUAUCCAUCUUAGCAAGCAGUGAAAACAUUAUUGCGGAGGCGUUGGAUACGAUUAUUUCUGGUAGAAAGAUAGAGACGGAGAAGUUUCUGAGCACCCUUCGUAACGCCGGGAAACUUCGAGAUGGUCGUUGCUUUCUUGAAGAGGUGUCUGGUGGGACGUUAGUCAUAGGGCCCUGCAGAGGCCAUGCAGCUAAUUUGGCGCACUACCUACGCAGUCACGUUCUGGAUGAGAUUUUAAAUAAGAGGUUAAACGUUGUUUUUCUCGGCAAUUACGUGGACGGUGGACAUAAAUCAAUGGAGGCAUUGUACUUAGUGGCUCUCAUGAUGCAACACUCGCCUGGCAUCGUUGUGCCACUGAUAGGCAGACACGAAAUGUUUUAUCCGUUUCCUCCAGGCCACUUCGGAUCAUUGAGGGCUGAGCUGCACAUGCGCUCCAUGCAGUGUGGGGUUCCCUUGGACUUACUUGAGCAAACUGUGAAGAGUUUUUUUGCCAAACUUCCCGUGGCCUGUGUUGUGAACAAGCGCUUCUUCUGUUCCUCCAGUGGUCUCGCAUCGGGGUACCGACAUGUGCAUGAAAUUCGGCAAGAAGUUUCACAGUCCUCUCUAAGUGAGUUUGUUCUGAAUCAGCCCAUGGAUGAAGAUGAGGAAAAGUUGUCUUCUGGGUGGGCAUUCGUGGGGUCUCAAACUGAUACAGGGAACUCGCUGAGGUAUACUUUUAACGCGGCGUCAAAUUUCUUGGCGCGCAACGGUCUGUAUACACACAUCGGAGGCCUUGAGUAUCAGAUGUAUCGCCCGGAGUUUGAGAACUCUGCGCGGCCAAACCACUACGGCGAAUCGACGUACUUCCCCGGCUGGUUCCUAGGAAGAAUACAUCAUGAAUUUCGAGUACCAAUCUCUAUUUUGAUUUUUUCAGCCCCCUAUUUCUGCAGCAUAAAUCAAAACUACGGCUGCGUUGUGGCCAUCAUGGGAGAUACAUUGGAACUGCGACAGUUUGGGACCUUUGCUGGACGACCAGUUAUCAUGCCUGGUGAGGAAGCCCACGCCUUUUCCUGGUCACUGGAGCUUGUAGAGGAGGCGGUGAGAGCCAUUCUUAAUGAUGUGCUGUUUGCUAAUAUUCCCCAAGCAAUGGAGGAACAUAGCGGCAAAGACAACGACACAUCCACAGAGGAGACACGCGCGAUUACGUCACGGUACAGGCGCAUGUGUCAACUUCUGAAAAGUCACUCACUUCCAAUUCCACGUUAG